ACCUUAUCGCUCUCUGUGGAAUAGUCUUUCGGUGCGAGCACAUGUUAAGUUUUUUAUUUUAGUCUGAUAAAAUAUUGUAAAUGUAAAAUAUUCGAAAAAUAUACGAUGAUGUUUAACUAAAAAGAUAUGACAUUGAAUCAUUUUCAAAAAGUUUUCAUUGGCUGGUCAUUAGUAAUUUCUGGUGGUCUUUUUUCAUUUUAUUUGUCCAAGCGUUAUAUUGAUUCAAAACGUUUUGAUAGUAUGAAAGCUAGAGAACGUAUGCGCUUUUCUAAUAUUGGAGAAUAUACACCUAGUGAAAGAAAGUUCUGA